AUGGAGAAUUACGAGAAAUUACGUUCAGCAGGAUAUUUGGAGAAGUACUCUAUAGCCCGCCAUCCGCUCGGGUUCUACUACAAUGUCGGCGUCACCGCCACAUACACGCUACCGGAGUCCUACACGCGUCCGCUGCGGGACUAUGUGUACAAGGCCUGCGAGAUUCUGAUCGGCCAGCACCCCGUCCUCUCGGCGGUUCCCGCGAACGAGGAGUCCGACGAAGCAUACUUCGUCCGCCUGCCGGAGAUCGACCUCGCGCAGCCGGUGAGCUUCCACAAGCGUCUGCGGGGAUUUCCCGAAGGGGACGCCACCGACACGGAGCUGGACGAAUUCCUUCAGACGCAGCACAGUACCGGGUUCACGACGUCGGGGGCACCAUACUGGCGCUUGGCGAUCUUCACGGCCGACGGCGAGGACGAUGACGAUGCACCGGCGCGGCGACGGUUCACGGCCGCGUAUAUCUUCCACCACGCCCUGGGCGACGGCACGUCCGGGAAGAUCUUCCAGGAGACGUUCCUCGAGGCGUUGACCGCAGCCGGGUCGGCACUGAGCAGCGCGGCGCCCGGCGAGGAAGCGAAGCAGGUCGUGGCCACGCCGGCGGGCACGCCGCUCCCGCCGAACCUGGAGGCCGCGCAUCCCUGCGGCAUCUCGAUCCCGUUCCUGCUGGGCGCGGUAGUCAAGAUGAAGUUCGGCGCGCGGGACCGCGGGCUCUGGACGGGCGCGCCGGUCUUCACGCCGCUCGAGGCGCGGGCGCGCCACCUUGUCAUCCCCGCCGCGGUGUCGGCGGCCUUCCGCCAAAGCUGUCGCCGCAACGGCGCUACCGUCACGGUCGCCGUGCAGGCGGCCAUGGCCCAGGCGCUGUUCGCCCACCUGCCGCCGCAGUGCACCAAGCUGCGGCUCACCGGCGCCAUCUCCGUCCGCAAGUGGCUCACCCAGCCGAUCCCGGAGAAGUCGCUGGGCGUCUGGGUGAUGGACUUCGGGGAGAGCUACUGGCGCAAGAGCCUGCCCGUCACCGACGCAGGGGCCUUCCCCUGGAAGGAGGCGCAGCGCUCGCGGGAGACGAUCGAGCGCGUGCUCGCGAUGAAGGGGAAGAACACCGGCGUGAAUCUCCUCAAGUACGUGUCCGGUUUUUCGGAAUUUUUCCGAUCGAAGCUCGGGAAGCCUCGUGGGGAGAGUAUCGAGCUUUCGAAUAUCGGGGUCCUGAGUGCGUCGGAUGAGGCCCAGUCAGACCCUUCGAAGCCCCAGAUGGGUCGGGUGAUCUUCUCGCAGAGCCCCAACGCUGCGGGCGCCGCGAUUGUGGUGUCGGCGAUUUCGGGUGGUGAUGGCUGUUUGGUCCUGUCGUUUACAUGGCAGAAGGGUGUUGUGGAACCGGAGUUGGUUUCGGGCAUGAUUGACUCGGUGGAGAGAUUGGUUCAUCUUGCGGCACAAUAAUUUGGGGGUCAGGGGGGAUUUCUUUUGCUGUUAUUCAUCACCAUAUAUUGCGAUCUGCGGCUGCGAAGGGCCUGCGCAUAGUAUCUAAAACCCGAGUACCGUUAAUUCUAAUGUUAGCUAUCUUGAUCCGCA